UCACAAUAGCAGUAGCACCCGCCACCUGAAAAUAUAUGGAUUCCCUCCUCCACAACAACGACAACGAUGACAACCACCUGGACCACGUCCUCCACGACUUCCUCGCCCUCUCCGACCUCCCUUCGCUCUCUCUUUCCCUCUCCCUCUCUCUCGAUCGCCUCGUCCAUUCCUCCGCCUCCUUCUCUGAGGCCGACCACCUCGUCGACCGCGCCUUCACCAUGGGUUCCAUCCUCCUCGAAGUCGCCAAACACUCCUACAGAAACCGCGCUUCCGUUCACAACUCCCUCACCUGGCCCCUCCCCCCUGACCUCUCCAUCAAGGUCUUCUCAUUGGUCGAUACAAGUAGCCUGUGCCAUGCAGCAGCUACUUGUAAGUUGUUUAGAAACUGGGCUAAAGAUCCUUUCUGCUAUUCACAUAUUGAUUUGAGAACACCUGUUCCAAAGGUGAACGAUGCACUAGUCGCCACUAUCAUACACCGAGCUGGAAAGACACUAAGGUCUCUAAUGCUUGGUGUUGUCCCUGAUGCUACUACUUCAUCCGGAUCAUGUCAGCCACUUUCUGAUACUCGCAGAAAUUGUUAUUCAUGUGGUUAUAAGAGGUCACAGAAGGAUUCAUGCCAUCUUACAAGAUGCUGUUUAAACCCUUUAAAUGCAGAUGGUGGUGCUCUGGGGGCCCUUUUGAGGAAGCUACACUUGUAUAAUAUUGGACAGAUGGAUUCAUCGUCACUUGUUGAGACAUUGUCAGUAUGUCCUUCUCUCCUUGAUCUGGAAAUUGUAGGGCUAGAUGUUGAACUGGGGUGUAUCUUAAGUUCAGUGAGUGCAAACUGCCACUUAAUAGAGCGUUUGGCUUUUGCAGCUUCAACAACUGGUCGUAAUGAAAUUCUGAAUAUCCAAACCUGUUCACAUCUAGUAGCUGGUUGCCCACAUCUAACUGCUUUAUCUCUUAGAGGCAUUAGGAUACAUGAUUAUAAAGUUCGCAUAUUGGUUAAGGGGUUUCAGAAACUGAAAUAUCUUGACUUUUCAAGAUCCGUUUCAAUCACGGGUAGCUUCUUGAGAAACCUUGGAAAUAGCAACGGUGGGAAUUUUCUUGAGUUCUUAAAUUUGAGGGAUUGCAUGCAUCUCAAAGAGAUGGAAGUUGCUAAAUUGUUGACAGCAAUCAUUGCAGGCAAUUUCAAAUCACUUGUUCAUCUCGACAUAUCCAACAGGGAAGGCUUAGGAUUAAGGACUGACCGGCAGCAUACGUGCUACAUCUCUAGUAUUAUGCCGGUCAAGGAAGUUUUGGAUACAAGGCCUUGGAUGCGUUUGAUGGUUGAUUAUCCAUCAGACAGAAGCAACAGAGACCCCUGAUACUGGUGAAUAGUGAGAGAAGUCCUCCAUCACCAUUGAGCAGCUAAAAUAGUAAUAGCGCUAGCUAUGGUAUUUUUUAAAGAAAGUCCCGAUGGCAUCGACCUUCUGGCCCUGCAACGGAUCACAUUUUAUCACAUUGAUAUAAGGACGACAAUUUGGUGAACUAGGUACUCUCUUUUUGUGUGUGCGCACUCGCGCAUGAUGGACCAUGUUGAAAGUAAUCAAUUGAAUUUUUAUAUUAGUAAAAAAUUUACAGUGAUUGUUUAGCUUAUGAUCUUACUAUUUUGAAAGCUUAUGAAGGAAUAGAUAUAAUAUAUUUUGGCGAAUGCAAUAACUUACAUGACAAGUUGCAUCUAGUCUGUUUUUCAUAUCCAAUGUUGGAUAUCCGAGAUAGCUGUUUUGCCGUCACAAAAACGGAUGCUACAAUUUGAUGAGCAAAUACUAUAUGACCAACAAAAGUUAUCAUAUUUUUGUCAACACUUGGCCAACAAAGAGAAUUUUAAAUUCUAAACCCUAAACUGUAAAUCCUAAUAGUAUAAAAUAAUAAAACUAAAGUGUUGGUCCAAACUCAACGGCUGGCUAAUACUGAUAAAAGGUGUUGGCCUCUAGCAUUUCUCAUUUGGAGGGAGUUAUGUUGUUGCUUGCACUGUUUGUGAGAGAUGCUUUGUUUAACUCUCGCCUCUAAUCAUAGCAUUCGUGUUUUGCAUUCUGAA